UAAGAGGAUCCGAAUGCCGACUGACUCUUCAGCUUCUGUGUCUACUGGUAGUGAAUCAAAUGCGUCAGAUUCAGAAACACAAAAAAUAAAGAAACCACGUCAUGCAUCUCUUAAGAGAGCCUCAGAGGAGGGAAAGAAUAAUGAGGUGCUGCCCAACCAUGAAGCUACAAAUGAUGAAAAUGCUGAUACCUCCAUGGAAGUUAUAGACUUACUGACACCACCUGAAGAAGCUAAUGUUGACCUUACCCCUGAUAUUGAUGACAGAACCAAUAUUGAAGAGAAGUGGCUGGGAGAAAGUAUACCUAAUUCAGAAGAACUAAUGGCAAGAGUGAUGGCAAAUAUUGACGCUGAUCUAGCAGAAACAAGGAAGCGCAAAAUGAAAGAGGGCACUGAUAGUGAUGUGGAAAGGCAGAAAGUGUCACCUACACUUUUUACACCGUCACCAGCUGUUGCUGACUCUGAAGAACUGGGUACCAAGAUGACAUGUGAACUGGUGAUGUGCCAUUCAGAAGUAGAUCCUGGGAAGAAGCCUGUUAAGGAGAGUUUCUUAGGCAAUACAACAGUAGGCAAUGACAGUGAGAGCCUUUGUACGCAGCAAAGGAGUAAAAUCCAGGGUGAUAUUCACAAUCUGGAGUCUGAAAUCAAGGAAUGCAAAGCAGAAUUUCAGAAAGUGAUAGAGAAUAGAUCAGUUGAUAAUAUUUGUCCUGAAACUGUAUGUGGGGACAGUGAAAAUGAGUCAGAGGAUGACUUUGUGGCACCAACACCAAGAAAAGAAGUUACAUCAAACAAGACAUGGGAUGGCAAACCCAAAGAUGAUGCCAGAGCAGAAAGCAAAGAGGUUGCUUGUUUUCAACAAAUAUGCCGAUUGAACCUUACAACUCCAUCUUCAACUGUUAAAAAUUCUGAGAAAACUGUGUUGCAUAAUCAAGAUUCUAAUUACAUUUCACCUACGAGAAGUCCAUCAAUUAUUAAUUCUACUGAUAUUCAGUGUAAAAAAACUGGUACACCUAAGUAUCAAACUGCUGCUCUUAACAGUGAAAUCAAAUCUCACACAACUCCAACAACAUCUAAGCAGUUUGUUCUUCGACUUCCUCAAACAAAUAAUUCCACAACUUCACCAAUGACGAAGGCAGAGAAUGUUGCAUCAUCAGCUGUAGUAUCUAAAUCAUCUGUCCCAGCAAAAGAGUUAACGCCAGGAGAUAUCCCUAAGGAAGUUGUGCCCCAGUCUUCACUCCAAACACUGAGAGUUCAGACACAAGCUUCUACAAAACUUUGCUUUGUAUGUAGUGGUUUGCACACAGGAUUAAUUACCAGAGUGAAAACACUAUCAAAACUGCUGGGAGCAGAGUUCUCAAAUAAAUUUGAGCCACAUACAACACACCUUGUAGUGAAGGCCUCAGAUAACAUGAUGGCAGACAAAACAUUGAAAUACCUCUCGGCAGUAGUCAAGAAGAAAUGGAUUGUAUCCAUUGCUUGGGUAGAUGCUUGUCUUCAAGCAGGGAAGCUAGUACCUGAGGAUGAAUAUGAAAUGCUUGAUUCUUCUGGUGAAAAUGGGCCACACCGAUCCCGUACAUCAUCUGAUCUACUGUACAAAAAUUUUGAGUUUUGCUGCAUUGAACCUUUCACUGAUCUCAACAGAGAACAACUAGAGGAGAUUUUAAAAGAAUGUGGAGCAGAAAUUGUGAGUCAUCCUGAAGAGUUUUCAUUCAAAGCUGGACAAUGUGGUAUGAUUAUUGUCCAGAUGGAUACAGAGAGAGAAGAAGAGUGUAAAGAAUGGUGGGAGCGCUAUGGAGUACUUCCUAUUGGACAUGAAUGGGUGUUAGAAUGCAUUGGCAGAUACCGGAUAAUACCUAUCUGGAACUUCUUAACUUGUCCUGUCAGUGAAGAUCACGUGAGAGCACUAGGGUACCCUGAAGAUGCCCUUGUUAGUGAUGAUGAUGACACUGUAAUGGAAUCACAAGUGUGAGUGGACAGAAGUACAAAGAAACUGUACAUAAACUUACUCACCAGCCCUAUAUUAACUAUAAUUUUUCCCAUAAGAUGUUACAAAAUAAAGUUUUGUUUUUGAACUUGUACAAACUGGAGGUAAGAUUAUCAUGUCAGAUGGUAACCAUGGCUUCUUUUAGAUGUAAACAGAUUACAGAAGACAUCAGUAAAUUCUUUAUUUCAGAUUCUGGAUCUUAAGGUGAAUGUAAGGACAAUAAUUAGAAUAACAAAAAAAUUAUGCAGUCAAAGCAUUUUGUACCAACAGAAAUAAGGCAGUGAAAGUUAAUAUAAUAGAUGAAAGAAAAUAUGUCUGAAAACAGUAAUGGAUGAAGUAACUGCCUGAUGUUUUAUGUUCAUUUUAGAUGAAUAAAAUCCCACAGGGGCAAGUGAGUUUCUUUGUGAGGGACACGGCUGGCAUGUAUCCUGUAAUCUGUCUACUCACAGUUUGAGGGAAGGGUGGAAGAAUCAGACAUAGAACAGGAUACGUUUCAGAUAUAAAUGUGUAUGGAAAAGAACCGAGAAUUUCAGUUUGAUAAUGGUUUCUAUAAAUUACCAGUUAAUGCUAGUGGUUGAGGAUCUUGUUGCUUUACAUUUACUGCAUUCUUCAGCUAAAACAAAUAAGGGUAAAGUGGUCCAUAUUGGAUUCUAGACUUCAAAUCCCAGUAAAGAGAUUCAGUAUUUUCUAUUUGUAUGAUGUUGGGACUUGUCUCUCUAGGGAUACAGAGGUGAGACAUAAAGCUAACCAACAAUCUCCUACUGUCAGAUCAGAGUAUGUUACUUCAUUAUUCCCUAUUAUUCAUUUACUGCAGAUAAGCUGAAGACAUCACCUUGCUAAAAAGUAUUUUAUUUUUGUGGAGAUUAUAUGGAUCUUGUAAUUUUGAAACUUGUACAUAUAGGGAGUGCCACUUAAUGUGGAACCUGCCAUGACAGCAUUAGUGAGCAAACUACCAGGAAAUGAGUUUGGUCACAAUGCAGAACAUAGCUGUUGCAUGCUAGUAGAUGGUUUCCAAGUUAUGUGGGACUCUGUAAAUAGAGAAAGUUUUUAAUUUUUGUAGAGAAUAUACAGUACUUAUGACAUUAUAACUGAAAAAUUUAAUCAUACUGCAACAGUGUGUUUAUUGAAAGAAGUCUCCAACGGGAGAACUUCUGUGAUUAAUUCACUGGUUGUCUUGCAUCCUACUACAGCUGAUGGUAAUGUAAAGACAGAAUACUUUAAAUAGUUUCCAUAGCACUGGGCUAUAGAAAAUGUGAUACGAAAAAGAAUUAACUACUUUAAGCAUAUUUCUGGACAAUCUGAGGAUAACGAAAAAUAAUUGACUGAGGAUUUAACUCUAAAACUUCAAAUAUAC